AUGGUUAUGGAUGCCGCUGGGCCUGAAUUUCAUCUAGAUUUUGAAGAACCUCCAAAUCCUGAUUCAAAAAGAUUUUACGACAUGUUAAAUGCUGUUGACAAAGAGUUAUGGCCCGGUUGCACAACACACUCGCAAUUAUCAUUUGUUGCUCGAGCUAUGCACAUGAAAGCCGAGCAUCACAUGUCUGAACGAAACUAUGAUGACAUGAUGCAACUUGUUAGUGAAGUUCUCCCUUAUGAUAAUACAGUGCCUGAGAAUUUCUACAAAACCAAGAAGUUGUUGCGGGGAAUGGGUUUACCAGUUGAAAAAAUUGAUUGUUGCAAUAAUGGUUGUAUGUUGUAUUGGGAAGAUGAUGCAGAUGCUACGAGCUGCAAAUUUUGUGGUCACGGUCGAUUCAAGAGGAAACCACCACGCAAUGAUGCUGGUUGUUCACAGACGAAAGACCUCGAAGGAAGUCUUUCUGUGUUCAAGUUUCAAGGGCGAUUUCUCGGAAGGGCAAAAGCAAGAUACUUGACAGAAGAUGAAUACAAUGCUGCCCGUAGUUACAUCUUACUCAAUUGCGUUGAGGUUGAACCAUAUAUUAGUAUAUUUGUGGGUUCAUUGAGGAGUCAACGAAGAAGCAUCUCGAGAGAAGAAAUUGAUCAAAAACUUGAAAACGAAUUUCCUGAUUGGUUCGAGAAAUAUGUACAUGAUCCUUUGAAUGGAAUUACUAAUGAAUAUAUGCAAGACCUUGCUAAAGGCCCAUUGAGAAAAAUAAAGUCAUAUUCUGGCUACAUGGUCAAUGGUUUUAAAUUUCACACUCUUGGUUGUGGUACUUCCAAAAGCACUAUGAAUAGUGGGGUGUGUAUUAAAGGAUCAAACUUCAGCGUUGAGAAUGAUUUUUAUGGACGAUUGGUCGAUGUGGUUGAGGUUGGAUAUAAUGGGUUCCACACCAACACAAUAGUUUUAUUCAAAUGUGAAUGGUUUGACCCCACUGCUCGAGGAAUGAAUAUUCAUAAAGACUACAAGCUGGUGGAUAUCAAUCAUAAACGCCGAUUUGAUAGGUACGAGCCUUUUAUGUUGGGGAUGCAAGCAAAACAAGUGUUCUUUUGUGAAUAUCCAGGUGCAAGUCGUGAUAAACGAGAUUGGUGGGCUGUGUGCAAUGUUAAGGCAAGGGCUUUUGUGGAAGUUCCAUUGUCAGUUGAUAAUAAUGUUGAAAUGCAAGUCACGCCACCUUACCAAGAAGAUGAGAGAAGUGUCCAUCGUAUAUGA